GGCUCAAGCCAGCGGCGUUUUUCUGCGAGCUGCUCGUGUGGGCGUUCGCCCGCCGCUGUAUUUUUUAAGGCGACUUAGCCAUGUGCUUGAAGUGGCUGCUUUUGCUGGCCGAGGCCUGGGCCCAGCUGCCGCCCUCCGACCUGCCGAUGCCCCCGAUGCCGUCGGAGGCGAUCAUCGGGCCCACGCUGAAGGACUCCAAGAACAGCUGGCCCCAGAAGCGCCAGGUCUUACCCAAAGGCGCGCCCAACAUCGUUCUGAUCAUGAACGACGACGUCGGCUUCGGCGCCCCGGACACCUUCGGGGGCCCCGUCCACACGCCCUCCAUGUCCCGGGUGGCCGCGAAAGGGGUGACCUACAACCGCUUCCACACCACGGCCAUUUGCUCCCCCACCCGCGCCAGCCUCAUGACAGGGAGGAAUUCUCAUUCCGUGGGCGCCGGGCAAAUCACCGAGGCGGCCAGCGGCUUUCCUGGAUACACGGGCAUCAUCCCCAAGAGCGCCGCCACCGUGGCCAAGGUGCUGGCGGGCUACGGGUACGACACCGCAGCUUUUGGGAAGUGGCACAACACGCCGGUGGACAACCUCUUCAAGACCGGGCCCUUUGACCAAUACCCCACGGGCCUGGGCUUCAGCUACUUCUAUGGGUUCCUGGCGGGGGAGACCUCCCAGUACGAGCCGCGGCUCUUCGAGAACACCAAUCCCAUCGAGCCCCCAAAGUGGAAGGACAGGCCCUACCACCUCACGGAGGACAUGGCGGACCGCGCAGUGAAGUUCAUCAAAGACAACCGCGCCCUGACCCCGGACCGGCCCUUCUUCAUCUACUUCGCGCCCGGGGGCACCCACGGGCCUCACCACGUCUUCAAGGAGUGGGCGGACAAGUACCAGGGCAAGUUCGACAUGGGCUGGGAGAAGCUGCGAAACGUAACCUUCCAGCGCCAGAAGGCUAUGGGCUGGAUCCCGCAGAGCGCACAGCUCACGAACAUGGAUCCCACCAUGGAGAAGUGGGAGGACAUCCCGGAGCGGCACCGCGCCUUCCAGCUGCGCCUCGUGGAGGUGUACGCGGGGUACCUGGAACACACGGACACCCAGCAUGGGAAGAUCUUGGACGAGUUGGAGCGGCAGGGCCUCUUCAACAACACCUUGAUCAUCUACAUCCUGGGGGACAACGGUGCCAGCGCGGAGGGCAUGCACGGCACCAUCGACGAGCUCUUGGCAGAGAACAUGCUGCCCAGCACGGCAGACAUGCAGAUCGAGGUGCUCGAGAAGCAGUUCGGCGGUCUCUCUGCCCUGGGAGGCCCGCAGGUGGACAACAUGUACCACGCCUCGUGGGCCUGGGCCAUGGACACGCCCUUCAAGAGCACCAAGCUGGUGGCGGCCCACUUCGGCGGCACGCGGACGCCCAUGGCCAUUUGCUGGCCCAAGGUCAUCAAGCCGGACCCCACGCCUCGCAGCCAGUUUCACCAUGUCGCGGACAUCGCCCCCACCAUUUAUGAGGCCAUCGGCGUCAAGGCGCCUGGGCACAUGGAUGGGGUGGCGCAACAGAAGCUGGACGGGGUGUCCAUGGUGUACACCUUCAACAACGCCACGGCGGAGGACAAGAAGUCGGCCCAGUACUUCGAGGUCAUGGGAAGUCGAGGUAUCUACAAGGAUGGCUGGUUCGCCUCUGUCUUUGGGCCUCGCAUCCCCUGGACGGACCCCAAUGAGACCCGGAUGGCCCAGUGGGACCCAGACACAGAUGUGUGGGAGCUCUAUGAUCUCACCAAGGACUACAGCCAGGCGCACGACCUGUCCAAAGAAAUGCCGGAGAAGAUGGAGAAGAUGAAGCAGAUCUUCCUUCUGGAGGCAUCCGAGAACAAGGUGCUGCCAGUGGGGGCGGGGCUCUACACGGUCUAUUACCACCCGGAGGAAGCGCCCAAGUCCCCUUUGACACACUUCGAGCUGUAUCAGGGCAUGACCAGGAUCGCAGAGGCCAACGCGCCCUCCUUCCACAGCGGCGUCUCCUCUCUGAGCACUGUGGACCUUGAGGUGCCGGACAGCGAGGCCUCGGGGGUUUUGUUCUGCGUGGGCGGCACGGGCGGAGGCUUCUCCGUGUACCUCGAUGGAGGCUAUCUCUACGCGGAGUACAUGUCCACCUUGCUGUUCCGCUACAUCGCCCGCUCCGAGUCGCCUUUGGCCCCAGGGCGUCGCAAGAUCGAGGUGGACCUGUCCUAUGACAUGUCCAAGCCCGGCCUGGCCCCACCCGCGGAUCUGCGGCUGCUGGUGGACUCCAAGGAGGUGGGGUCCGUGCGCGUGGAGAAGUCCAUCCGCUUCUCCUUUGACCUGGCGGAGACCUUCGACGUGGGCACGGACCUGGGCUCUCCGGUCUCCCUGAACUACGCGAAGCGGGCGCCCUUCAGCUACCCCGCAGCCAUCCACGCAGUGAACGUCAAGUACACAAAUUACAGUCGCGCAAAGACCGUCGUGAUUUGAUUCGGCGAAUUCGAUGAUUUAAAGCGCGGCCACAAGGGCAACGCGACAAUUAUGUUUUCUUGUUUCGCGUGAGCAGCGCCCAAACCGAUUCUCAUUGGCCAC